AUGGAGGUGGAGGAGGAGGAAAGACGCUCUCCACACAAACGUGGGGAUCCGUGUGUUCCCGAGAGCUUCUUUGAUCGCGUAACGCAAGGGUUGCGCGACGAUCUCGAACAUGAGCGGGACAGGCGUCUCCAACUGGCGGACACUGUCUUAAAGCAUCGAGCUGAGUUUGCCUUUGCUCAGCUUGAGAACGAGAGAUCUCUGACGUCUCUGCGUGACGAGCUAAGAAUAUCUCGUGGGAUUGCUGAUCGGUCUCGGGCUGAGAUAACUGCUCUUCAGACCCUUGUUGAUGCCCACCAUCGGGAGCACAAGGCUCUCUGCGAGAUGCUUGAGCGCAAGGGCGUUCUUCAUCGGAAGAAGCAGCGUACUGAUGGUACGGCUUAA